AUGGACGUACAAGUGUCAAUGCCUCCUCCACCUCCUCCGCCACCACCGCCACCACCACCAUUUUUUGCCGAAACAGUAACUUCACAACUAACAGUACCACCACCUCCUCCACCUCCACCUUUUCCACAGUCAACUAUAACGACGACUACAGCAGUAGCACCACCAUCAACAACAGCAAGUGUAGCUGGUCCCUCUACUCAAGAGCGUAUCUGGUUGCAUCCAUGGACAGCAGCAGAAAUGCGUCAAAAUGCAUCACAGUGGUCAUUAGCUGGUGAUGCUGGUUUACUACUUUAUUUGGAAAAUUUUUCGGAUAAAUUAGUUCAACGAGCUGAUGCUAUUCAACAACAUUUAAGUCAAACAGUAAAUGCUGUUAAAAGCACACAUACACGUGUUCAAAAUUGUCUUAAUGAAUUUACAUCUCUAGCAAAUACACAAUUUAUUGAAAACCGUGUCUAUGAUGAAGAUGAAACAGCAAAUGUAACACCAUCUAAAAAAGAUGAACCAUCAACGGACAAAGCAAAUGUUAAUAAUAUUGAAGCACAAGAAAAAGUCUUACAACGUUAUGUUGAAGCUGUUCAAUAUGGUUUAGCAAUACUUGAAACACAUUUUGAACGUGUUGAUACUAAAUUAGAUGUUGCUCAAAAUGGUAGUUCAUCAUAUGUUGAUGAUGAAGAAGAUGAAGGAGUACCAAUUGAACCUAUACUUGAACCAAAAGAUCCUUACAUAUAUCGACCAUUACCGUUUCUUAUUGGUAGUUCUGAAUUUAUGCAAGAUGAUUAUAUUGGUUUAGGUGAUUUAUUAAAUCCAACAGAUGAAGAAGAACUUAUUGGUGCAGAAAUUAGAAAAGUUGAUCCGUAUUCUUCGCUAUCAAGUUCUGAUGUCGAAGACGAAAACAAAGACGACCCCGAUUUUACAGCUUAUCCGUCUUCUGUGCCAAUCGUUCCAGCUGGUACUAGUCGUCCAGAUGCCGCCAAUCAACUACGACAACCAACAACUGUAUUAACUGAUACUGAUGAUGACGAUGAUCCAUUUAAAAUAGCUAGUAAUCGACCAUUCGAUGAUUUCGCUUCAUCAAAACCAGUUGCUAAUGAUAAUUCUGAUAAAAAACAAACCAUUCCUCCAAAAUCGAAUCAACCAAAUUUUGGUUCAGGAUCAGAUGAUGAUGAUGAAGAUGAUGAUCCACUUUUUAAUCCAGUUAAGAAACCACCGCAGAUCAGCAAAAAUCGUAAUGAUGAUAUUUUUGAUAAACAGUCUUUAACCUCGAAAGAAUCUGAUGAAUCUGAAGAACCAAAACAAGAAACAGAUACACCAGCACCUGUCAGUGAAAAAAAAGUUAUGACUGCACUUGAAGAAGCUGUUCAACGACGAUGGGAAAAAAUGCAAAAACUUGAAUCACAACAAGGCAAUGAAGAAAGUGAUGUGAAAAUUCCAACAAAAACAUCAAAUGAAACUAUUUCUCCACUUGGUAAUAAAACAACAAUAAAACCUACACCAGAACUAUUAUCAUCAACUACCAUUUCUAGUCUUGUUCCAAAACAAAUAAUAACAGCAGAAAAGAAUCCUCCUUCAUCAAUAUUUGGUCAACAUGCUACACCAGACGAUGAUACUGAUGACGAUGAUUUUUUCAAAGAUGCACCAAAACUACCACCAGUAACAAGUGUUCUACCAGCACUAAUUCCUAAAAUUGAAACAAAACCAUCACCAUCACUAACUACAGAUGAUGAUCCAUUUCGACCGAAAAAGAAAGAUAUUUCAUCGACAAUACAAAAGAAAUCAAACAAUUCAGAUUUAAAACCUCCAACAACAGUCAUAAAUAAAACAAAACCAAUUAUUCCAGAUGAUGAAAGUGACGAUGAUUUAUUUCCGACUUCAAAACCCAAUAAACCACAACUUCCACCAGCAAAAAUACAAACAUCGGAUGAUGACGAUUUUUCAUUUACUUCAAAACCGUCAAUACAAAAACCACCUACUGUAUCUACUAUUUCUUCUCCUGCUCCUGUAAUUCCUCAAGUAGUUACAAAACCUAUAUCUGCAGUUGAAGAAGAUAGUGAUGAUGAGUUAUUUCCGACUUCAAAACCUAGCAAACCACAACUUCCACCAGCAAAAAUACAAAUAUCCGAUGAUGAAGACUUUUUAGUUACUCCUAAACCGUCAAUACAAAAAACACCUACUGUACCUACUAUUUCUUCUCCUGCUCCUGUAAUUCCUCAAAUAGUUACAAAGCCUAUACCUGCAGUUGAAGAAGACAGUGAUGAUGAAAUAUUUGGUAUAUCAAAAUCAACAUCGAAAGCACCACCAACCGUAAUACAGAAUAUUGUUACACCUGUUAAACCUAAAGAUGAUGUAUUUGGUAUAUCAACCACUGAAUCCAAUAAAAAAAGAACAGAAAUACCAAAAAUUCCUUCACCUACGAAAUCUAGUGAUGAUGAUGAAUUGUUUGGUGGACCAACAACCAAACAUAAAAUACCAUCAGCACAACUUCCUAAUGCAACAUCAGCCAAAUCUAACAAGGAUGAUGAACUAUUCCCUGUUAAGCCAACUCAUGUUGAAUUACCACCACCUGUUAGUUUAAUUCCGUUGCCUCAGCCACCACCUGUGACAACUAUUGUUGAUGAAGAUCCUUUAUUUGCAAUUUCAAAGCCUAUUGAAACUAUAUCAUCAUCACGACCAACUGCCGAAUCAAUUAAAAUACUAUCAGGUACAGGUGUUCAAUCAGAAAAGAAAACAUUUUCUGACAGUGAAGAUGAAGCACCAUUGCCAAAACGACAAUUGAAUACUGCAGCAUUAAAAGAAGGUGAAAAACCAAAUGUUAAAGGUCUUGCAGGACUUUUAAAUAUCAAUCCGACUGCUCAUAAACCAGGUGCACGUCCAAAACCAUCGUCAACUACUGAACAAUCGCCGAAGGCAUCUGUGAAUGAUGAACAACCUCCAGUAUCUGUUGUAAAAAAACCACUUAAAGAUGAUUCCGAUAGUGAUGAUGAUUUAUUUCCUACCAAGAAAACAGUACCGUCAGCGGUUCCAGUCGUUGAACAAAAAGAAAAGACUCGUGAUAUAAAAGAAAACGGAGGACUUAGUAGUGUGAAGGCUCUCGCGGCUGGUCUAAAAAUAAAUCCAAUGAUGCAGAUGGCAGGUGCUCAACCGAAACCAACUUCUAAGCAAGGAGAGGAAUCAGAUUUUACUACGCCUACAACUUCAACUGAUGUAUCAAAAGAAGAAUCAACAGCUGAUAAAACUGUUUCAGAUAUGCUUAAAGAUCGACCUAAACGACCUGUCGGAACUCGAACAUUACCAAGUAGAAAACCACGUUCAACUGGAGCUGCAGCAAUUACCAUUUCUACAAAUGAAAAUGAUGAUCUUUUUGCUUUGUCUAGUUCGACUAACACUGCUGCAUCGUCAUCAUCUUCUCCUCCACCUCCUCCUCCUACUACUACUACCGUUCCAAUAAUUCCUCCUACAAUGCCUGUAACAGGUUUGCCAGAUAAUAUUGCUACUAUUGCUGCUAAAUCUAAUAAACAUAAUAAUUCGAAAGAAAAGAAAAAUAUUUCGCUAUUUGAUUCUGAUGAUUCUGAUAUUGAUGAAUUGCUCUUUGGCUCCAGCAAGAAGAACAAAUCUACCACGGUAACAAAACCAACAACUACAUCAUCAACAACUUCGAAAGUAACUACGAAAUCUUCUAUAUUAUCAUUAGAUGAUGAUGAUGAUUUUUUAUCAAAACGACCAACCAAAAAAAAUACAAAACCAGUUGAUAAUGAUGAUAUAUUUGCUGAUGUCAACAAUAAAUCCCAACCGGGAAAUAAAGCUAAAAAAGAUUGGUCUAUUAUGAAUAAAUCAGGAACAAAUGAUACAGAUGAUAUUUUUAAUGACCUAAAAUCAAAGUCUUCCAAUACUUCAAAACCAAAAUCAACAAAUGUUAAUAAUAAACCAGCCAAGGAUUUAGAUGAUAUAUUUGAUGAUCCACUUAAUGUCACGUCUAAACGAUAA